AUAUGUAUAAACGUUUCUUCUCCCUAAAGAAAACACAUUUGAGAUUUUCAUCAUCGAAAGAGAUAGAGAGAGAAGUUAAAGAUAACAAUAACGAUCAUGAAGCUCGUCUGGUCGCCGGAAACUGCCUCUAACUCUUACAUCCACACCGUUAGAACGUGUAUAAGCUACAAAGAAUCGAGUGUAGCCGAGUAUUUAUCAGCUACGGCGGCUGGAUGGAACACGAGGCUGAUCGUGGAGACUUGGAAGCGUGGAGACCCCAUCGCCACCAGUGUCGGACUAGCUGUAGCAGCCAUACAUACCCGCGGAAGACACAUAUGCAUAGUUCCUGACGAGGAGUCAAGAUUGGAGUACGAGACCGUGAUGAAAAGAGCCGUCGUGAGCGAAGCGACGGAGAUAGUGGUCGGAGACUCGGUGGAGGACGUGGUGGAUAGACUCUCCGGCGUGGACUUCUUGGUGGUGGACUCAAAACGAGGCGAGUACGUCAAGGCGUUGGGGUUAGCGAACACGAGCAAAAUGGGUGCCGUUUUGGUGUGUAAAAACGCCACGCAGAAGUCUAUCCCUGGGUUUAAGUGGCACCGUGUUUUGAGACGAGGCACACGUGUUGUAAGAUCGGUGUUUUUACCCGUCGGGAGAGGGUUAGAUAUCGCACACGUGGGAGCCAGUGGUGGUGGUGGUGAUUUGAAGAAGGUUCAUAGUCGUUGGAUUAAACACGUCGAUCCUCGGUCAGGAGAAGAGCAUCUGUUCAAACGCAAAUAGAAAAUAAUCUGGCCAUGACAGCACGCUCAUCAUCGUCACCUAGAAGAAACCACCAAUAUCCUAUCGAUGACCAUGACUUGAUCAGCAAACUCCCAGACGAGUUAUUGCAAAUGAUUCUUUCAAAAUUGUCCAUCGAAGAAGC